GAAAGGGAGGGAAGGCAGAAGGGAUAAUGGGAGAAGGAAGAGCAUGGAGGAAUAAUUCUCGGCCUAUGGUUACCAGGCGGCUCCUUCCCCUCGUCAGCAAACUGGAGGAUGUGGCCGUUCCUGUCCUGCAGAUGACACAUCAGCGAGAGACCGGGACUCCGCUGAUCAUCCGGGUAGCAGCCGAAGAAUGGGUCCCUCACAUAGCUGUCACAGAAGAUGCCAACGGGAAAAUCACGAUCAGCGGGCCCAUGGCCAACCUGCUGAACGCCCUGGCUAAAUCGCUCAACUUCCAGUAUGUCCUGGUUCGGCCACCUGACGGGGCAUGGGGCAUUCCUUCGCCUUCAGGGGACUGGAACGGAAUGAUAGGAAUGGUCAAGAGAAACGAGGCUGACCUUGCCCUUGGACCGUUCGGUCUGACGUACUCAAGGUCACGGGUGGUUGACUUCUCGUCUCCUAUUCUCAUUGACUACUACAGGAUUUUGGUCAAGCGUCCCACAUCAGAGCCUGAUCCUUGGGGAUUCCUACGUCCUUUUAGGUACAGUCAUGCCAUAACAUAUAUAUCGCCAAGAGACAGCGCUCGCAUGGCAGUGUGUUUGUGGCUAUUCGUGGUUCUGAUCGUCAGCCGAGUAUUUGGCUCCUCCCUGACCUCACUUCUGGCUGUAAGGAACGUUCCAAUUAAAUACGACUACCUGAGGCAAGUCAUUGACGACCCCAAGAUGCAGCUCAUCUUCGAGAAGGCCACAGCUUUGGUGGAGCAUAUGUCUAAAGUGGAGAGCGGGAUAUACAAAGAGCUGGCCGACGUUGGGAAAGUCGGACGCUCACAUUUCCUUGCGUCGUCGAAACUGUACGACGCCGCCUACACAGACGUGCGUCGUAAGCAGUACGCUCUCCUGGUCGAGGACGUCACCUGCAGGAAGGUCUACUCCGAUGAUUUUACAAGAGGCGGUACCUGUGACUUCUACAUUGGAAAGGAGAAAUACUGGCCCUUAAUAUUCUGCAUGAUUGGCAAGAAAGGGUAUCCUCUAAUGAAAGCCAUCAAUGAGAAGAUUGGAAGGAUGACCGCUCAUGACCUUUACUUCAAAUGGUUAGGAUACGAAUUGCCCAAUGCAACAGCUUGCCUGAGAGCCACAACAAGAGUCACAGUCGAUGAAGCUUACAAUCUCAAAGGUCUCUGGGGAAUCUUUGUAACAUUCGCUGGAGGAAUUGUGCUGUCCUGUGUAGCGCUUCUGUGUGAAAUACUAGUCGCUGGAGUACCAAAGUAGUAUCUGAGAGGAAAAGAAAUUACCUUCUGUGGACUUAGGAAAAUGAAGCACUUUUAUUCACAGCAUAGACCAAAGCCAUACCCACAAGGAUUCGAUUAUAAUUACCAAAUACCUCCAAAUUUUUCAAAUGUUGCUAGAAGGAACAUGUUCAGAGACCUUUGAACAACAUGCAUUACAGGGGAUGUGGCCUGUGUCUUAGCUAGAGAAAUUAGGCUUCACUACAUUUAAGUAUAUGCUAGCCUAAGAAUUAUUCAUGGUAUUACUAGUGUCUAUGUAAUGAGUGCACUUCAAUUAAUACAUCAAGAAGAUAAUAAAUAUCGUUGAAUGAACACGAUAAAAAGGAAUGCUCAACUUAAAGAUAUAAACUAUAUGGAGAAGGAGGCCAAAAUAAAUCUUAAAAUAAAUAUAAAGAGAAAAACAGGAGCCUUACAAUCAUGAAAUAACUAAUUAAUUAGGUGAAAAUACAGAUACAAAGUUACAAAGACAGGUGGGAGGGGGCCUGUUUCAAUGAACAAUUGUAUAAACGAAAAUGUAAAAAUUCAGGGGGCAGGUAUGGUGCCUGAUCUAAGAUAUCCCAUCUCUCUCUGACCUCUUGCUCGUGAAGAUCAAUAAAAUCAUUUACAGCCUUCUGUUGAGCCCGUAAAUUAUGCCUAAAAAUAUUUUUUGUGCUCAGAAAUUUACAUUUGUUUGUUAAACCAAUGUCACUAUAACGUAAUUUCAAACAUAUUAAAAUCAAAUUUUAAAUACGGUGACAUAAACCAUAUGCUUCUUACAAUGUUUAAAAAGACUGGAAAUUUGUUAACCUUCCUCAAUCUCUUUGCAAGUGUGUUGACAAAAUAGAUAACUAAACACCUAAAAUAUUAUUGUUUAUUUAGAAAACUUUUUAAUAGCCGAAAAGCAAUGAAUUGAUGCCAGGCCAAAAUAAACAAGUAUACCACAUAAAGUCCUGUCCAUAAAUGUAAAAUGUAUGGACUUCAUUACAAUGAGUGUACAUUAACCUUCAAUACUGGUGAGUACAAUAUCAAUGAGUAAUCUAAAAAUACACUUUUAUGCCUGACUUGAUAUGUGCACAAGCAGAGCCUACAUUCAAAAUACAUACAUAUAUAACUGUAUCAACUAAAUAAUAAAUAUCUUACCUGCUUUUUAUGAGAUAUAAUUCACAACCUGAAGAUCUUAAAGGCCUUAUA